GAAAUGCGUGGAGACGCGUAGACAAUAGACCUAGCCGUAGCUCUUGAAGCCAGUUUCGGACUCGACACGGCCUACGUGUAAUAUUACACACCGAGGGCGCUGCAUAUGCACAGGCAAAGUGGUGCUACAGUUGUACAUGUACGUAGCACGUGUGCAAUUCUGUGUAACUUCUUCGCAUUUCGAUUGAAGCAGAUCAAAGAAGUCUCAGCUGCUGAAAAGCAGUAACUCAAUCCCACCAUGAAUGGCCAAUCAGGUCUUCACCAUGUCACCAGCGAUGACAAGAAGAAGAAGCGACAGCGGCUGAAGAAGUUGCAGGCCGAUAUCAAACAACAGGUGGAGUUUUACUUCAGUGAUUCUAACCUGCGUAAAGAUCGUUUCCUUAAGCAGGAAAUUGACAAGUCUGAAGAUGGAUAUGUUAACAUUGCAACCAUCGCAAACUUCAACCGAAUGCGGAAUCUCACCACGGACGAAUCGCUGAUAGCCAGGGCACUGCGGGACUCUGAUUUGCUCAAGGUUAGCGAAGACAAGACCAAGCUGCGGCGAAAGACACCGGUUGAGGAACCGAAAUACAACAUUGACGAUGUCACUGUCUUUGUGGAAAACCUGCCUCACAAUGUUGACCAUGACAUGCUUCAGAAGGCCUUCAGCCCUUGCGGUAUCAUCGACUACAUCAGCCUGCCGAGAUACAAGAAGACUGGCGAUCCCAAGAAGUUUGCAUUUAUCGAGUUUGCAACUCCUGAAGGGGCAGUGAAAGCCUGCAAGCUCUUAAAUAACCCUCCAAGAGACAAGCCUAAACCUGAUGGUCACUUCCCAACAACGCGGAAAGGGCGUCUGAUACUACCACAGCAGGCAGAGGCGUCUGAGCUGCAACUGAAGAGCAUGAAGUUAGAGAAGUACGGCAAACAGAAAGUAAGCAAAAGGAAGAGGGAGGCAAGUGGAAUGGAAGAGACAUCUCCAGAAGCCAAGAAGGAGCAGAUACCCAAAAAGAAGGAGGCAUCUUCAUCAAACAGGAAGCGGAACAUUAGUGAAGAAACCAAGGAAGAGACUGAGAACAGAGGACAGCUUGAGAAGAAGGCUAAGACGAAAGCAGAGGCAUCUCAGGGAGAGGUUUCAAAGAAGCAUGAUCAGCAGCCCUGUAUUAAAACCAAUCAAAGGAAAGAACAGAAAAUGGACUCCAGGAAGAGGAAGCACUCUGGAGGGGACGACACCCUUGAGAAAUCAUCACACGGCAGCAAAAACCACGAGGCCAGGUCACACAAAGAUGAUAAGUCAGACAUGGGGGCCAAAGUUGAGAGGUCGGCUAGGGACACAACCAAGAAGGUUGCCGGCUCGGAAACUCAUAAGAGGAAACGGGAAGAUUCUGAAAGCAGCGGGGAGGCUUCAAAGGCCAAGAGGUCAUCAUCAGGUUCUCACAGAGACAAGGAUGGUGUGGAAGAUGGCAGGGAUGCUAAGAGGAGGAGGGCGGAGUCAGAAAUGGAAGAGGAGGAUGGAGACAAGAAGAGGAAGAGAAGGAGCCGGAGUCGUAGAAACAAGAAGGAGGAAGGAAAAACUGCUCCUCUGAUGCAGCUCAGAGUCAUUCCUAAAAAGGAGUGGUUGGAAUUGAAGGCGGAAUAUCUCACCCUUCAGAAGGCCAGCCGGCAGCAGAUGAAACAAGCGCUUCAAGUAGAAUGGGCCAAGAGAAAAGCACGACUAGAGUCACAGUCACCAGAUAAGAAGGUAGCUGAAGUGAAAUCCGCCGAGCCAGAGUUCCAUCCCGGUGUAGUGGUCAAAAUCAAGAGUGACAAGCCAUUUGCGUCUCGCAAAGAAAUCCGAGAACAGUUGGAAGGGAUUUCCCCAGUGGCCUACAUUGAGCUGAAUGCUGGGGACACUGGUGGCUUCAUACGACUGCAGUCUGCAGAGGGUGCACAGGCAGUACUUGGAAAAGCCGGCAGUCUUUCCAAUGAUGGUGGUUCAGUAGAACUGAACCUGUUGACAGGAAAAGAUGAGCAAAAGUACUGGGAGAAGCUUAGAGCUGAUAGAGUGGCCAAACUGAGCUCUAGUAAGAAGAGGAAAAAUAAGAAACGUGGCAUCGAGCGGAUCAAGGAGAAGUCUGAGAGGGUCCUGGGCACUGACAAAUCUAAAGGGGACCGCAUUGUCUUCGAGGGUGAUGACUGAAUAGAUGCCUGAACACUGGCGACAAAUUGGCUCCGUUGCCGUUAUCAAGAAUUGCUUCAUUCUGUAGCGGCAUCCCGUUACGAGACUACGGACUGAUGGAUGCAACGUGGGAUUAGUUAAAGCUCAAUUCGGUACAUGUAAACACAAAAACCUCUCCUUUGGUGAUUGAGCUUAAAUCUGUUAUGGUGAAAUUUUUGCAUUGCAUUCCAGCAUAGUUAAUAGUAUGGGGUGCACAAGUAUCUAAGCAUAUUUUUUGUCGAGGUAAGAUGGAGUCAAAAUUUAAAACCAACUCGCACACAGAUCAUCGCUUGUUUUUGCUUAUUAACUCAGUUGUUGUUUUGACAGUGUUUGAGCGUGUUGUAUGACGGAUGCCGCAAGUCAGUGGCCUGGUUUCUCAUACCAUUUCCGGAUAAUUACUUUUCAUCUUUCACUCAGUGUUGCUUUUAUAUUUAAAGUUGUAUCCCUAUGAACCUAGGUUUAAAAGUAGUUUAAGAAAAGUCAAAUAACAAAGAAGAGGGAGGAACGAAUCAAGAUAACCAUAUUGAGACAUCUUAUAAUAGCAUAAAAACAGUUUGUUUAUUUUGACCCUUCCUGUUGCAGUGCAACAUCCUGAAGCAGGUCGUUCCAUUUGCCAGUGUAUUCAUCAUUCUGGAAUCUUCAGGAUUGUGCGAGUACAUUUUUAUUUGCACUGUAGCAUUUUUGUGUAUGUGGUCUGUUAUGGAUGACAGACUUGUACGUUUGCAAUAAAACAGUUUCAAUAUCACAACUCUCCUUAAUAGAAUUGUA